GACAGGAAAAAAUAUGAAAAUCUGGCAAGAACGCCGACGUCGGUUUUGACGUUUUCCCAAGUGGUGAAGAGUAAAUAAUAACAAUGUGGUUAGACGAGUGUGGGAAAUUAUCAAUAUUUUGAUUAAAAAACCCAUCAGGAAAAGAGCGUGCAAAUUACGACAGUUUCAGUAUCCUUCCAAGGAUCUAAAUCAGUGGUUCCACCAGCGAUAAUUGCAGAAGGGCCUCAGCCCAAAGGAAAAAUAUGGCAGAUUAGGAAGAUGAUCUUUGACCAGCCAGUGCAGUUGUAAUUAUUUUUAAUAUUUCCGAUAUUCCAUAAUGGAGGAAAGAGCGGCCAGUGCCUUAGAAAAGAAGCUGCGAUUCAGACAGCCCGCGAAAACAUGGGAGAUUGAUGAAAAUAUCGAGAACUUGGCUGGAAACGAUGAAAGGCCCCACAUGGACCACCCAAAAACAGAAAGAAGUUCUUCUCUUUUCUCAUUCCUUAAAACCGAAGUUACCAGGAAUUAUCUGUUGGAAAAUGACGAGGAAAGGUUUAGUAUUGGCAGGGAGAAAUUCUACCUGUUUAUGAAAAUUCCAAAGGAACUGGAGAAAUUUUUGUUCUAUGGAGUGAUGCACUGUACAGACAGUUUCCUUUUUGUUUAUACAUAUUUGCCAGUUAGAGUGUUUCUCGCUCUAUCGGCUCUUGUUUCCAGACUGUUUUCAACAUGUUUUGGAUCUAGUCACACAUCAAGUCCACGUAUUCUAUCUCCAGCUGAAAUCUGUGAUCUACUUAAGGCAGUAAUUUUAAUAGUCUCUAUCAUGGUGCUAUGGCUAAUAGAUACCAACAUGAUGUACCAUUUGAUCAAAAGCCAAUCGGUGAUUAAGCUCUACAUUUUCUAUAAUAUGCUGGAUAUUGGCGAUAGACUGCUGAUUUCUCUGGGCCAAGAUACGAUUGAUGCAUUGCUAUGGACUGCCACUGAGCCCAGGGGACGAAAAAGAGAGCAUCUGGGGCUGAUUCCCCAUUUAUUUCUCGCCAUUAUCUACGUCAUAAUGCAUAGCAUUUUGAUUCUGUUCCAAGCAACCACCCUUAAUGUGGCAGUGAAUGCCAAUAACAAAGCCCUAUUGACCAUAAUGAUGUCUAAUAAUUUUGUCGAGCUGAAGGGCAGCGUUUUUAAGAAAUUUGACAAAAAUAACCUUUUCCAAGUGUCCUGCAGCGAUGUCCGGGAACGGUUUCACCUAGUCGUGCUACUUUUCGUGGUGAUUCUCCAAACAAUGCGCGAAUACAACUGGAAAAUCGACAUUCUCUGGCAACUAAUCUUCGACAGUUUUGCUGUAUUGGUAGCUGAGCUUUUAGUCGACUGGAUCAAGCAUGCCUUUAUUACCAGAUUUAAUGAACUAAAUGCCGACGUUUAUAAAGACUACCGGACCAGCAUAGCUUACGAUCUAACGCAUAAAUUGCAAAAACAUCCCUUUUCCGGCCAUUCGGACUUGGUUGCGCGGAGAAUGGGAUUCAUUGCUCUUCCCCUGGGGGUUUUGUGCGCUCGAGUGCUAUUUUCUGCUAUACAUCUUUACAACUUACCUGCAAUGAUUAUCUUCUUGAUCGGCUAUCUGGGGGUGUGGUCAUUGAAAAUCCUCAACACCAUCCUCAUCUUUGGGAUGGCAUGCCGGAUUAUCGCCCAGCAUAAGCUGGAAAGGACAGCGCAAAAUAGUCCGGUGAAUAAUGUGGAAUCCCGGGACAAAUUGAGGAACGUCGGCGCCAGCAGUCCUCAGCAUGCGAUUUUCAAAAGCCACAGUUCAGUUUUAGAAGAUAACGAGCUGAAGCUUAGUAUAUCUGGCAGCGAUCUGGCUGCAGCCGCAAUUUUCGCCAAUAGUACAGUGGACUUGAAGGACGCCAGACUGAAUGAGGAGCUACUUAAAAACAGCAGCGAGGAUUUGAGGAUGGAGCUGAGCGAGGAAAUAGUCACUCGAAGUGUGCCUGAUAUCAAGAAGGAGCUGAAGUUCGAUGAGACAGUCGGCGCGAAAAACGAAGUUGAAAGUCUGAAGAAAAGCGAGAGCGAACCCAGCCUGGUGAAUCUUGCGGAUAAUCAGGUCAAAGAUUUAUAAUGUAUAUUGAUCGUCUUUAUACAUUAGUGAAUUUGUUACCCAGUUAUUAUAAAGUGGUUUUUUUUUUAAUUUUCUGCAGCAGGACACUCGAUCGGUCAGCUAAUUGGGCUCAGAAAUGAAGGAAUGUACAAAUGAGUUCAUAAUUAUUUGUACAAUUGCCCCCUUUUUUCAUUAUAUAUUGUAUACAAGCUGAUCAAAAAAUGCCGUUAUUCAAUUGGACAAUUUUUUAAAUUGAACCUGCAGAAAAUGACUGUUUAAUUUCAUUAAAUUAUUUAUUUAAUGCACGAAAAAGCCAGGAAACUAUUUGUAUUCAAUUGGCGCUUUAUUAUGCAUUUCAAUAACAAAAAAAAUAAUAUAUUUUUUACGCGAU